AUGCAGUUCCGCAAGUGGUUCCGGGCGACGUUCAAGCUGCCCUGCGUGCCGACGCAGCAUGCCGCCAAGGGGCCAGCCCGGGAUGCUGGACGGCACGAGGGCGCACAGGCUGUGUGGCGACCGGCCACGCCGCCGCUGGCUCCGCGGAUUGCGAUGAACUUUGGGGACGACGAUGGCGGAUUGGACAUUUGGCCCCUGGCGCGAGCAUCGGGCAGUGGCGGCAUCAGGCUGCCGCCGACCAUCUACGAAGUUCCCUCGGCACAGCCGUCGUCGUUGGCUUGCCAUGGCAACAUUUCCAGACCCUUUAUCGAGACGAGUCCCGUGGCAUGGCCAACACGACAAGCGGCCGCUCCCAAGCCAGCACCGCGCCCACAAAGCCGCACGGCGGCCAGAGCACAGUGGCAGCAGCAGCAGCAGCAUGCCCACGACGGCGGGCACUCGAGCACUCCCCGUCCAGCCGACAAGUGCGAAGAGCCCCCCCUGGGCGAGAUGAGCCGCGAGAGCGUCUUCGCCAUCGUCAACGCCGUCGGCAAGCUGAUCCCGCACCUCCCCUUUGCCGUCUGCGGCCACGCCGCCAUGGUCUACUACGGCCACCCAGCCCACCGGCCCAGCCACGUCAGCAUCGUGUGCCCAGAGCGCGCCGCCGCCAUCCUCGUCGGCUGGGCGCGCGCGAGCGGGCUGAGGCUGUCGACGCACUUUCCGCAGGCCUUUUACGUGGCCACGACGGCUCGCCGCGACGAUGACGCCGAGACCACCGCGGGAGUCGGGUGCGUCCGCGUCCUGUCCUGCCGCGACUUCGACAGGCUGGGCCGCAUCAGGAGGGGCCCGUCGUCGACGCCUGUCCUGACUUUGCCGUGCAUCGCGGACCGCAUGGCUGGCCGGUUAUACGCCGCUCCAGGGGCGGGCGAUGCCGCGCAGCGUGCUGCCGACAUCGUCUGGUUGCUGGGAAGGAUCGUCGAGGACGGUGGCGAAGAACAGCUCCUCACGCUCGACAAGGCCCCCGUGUUUGGCCACGCGGCCUUUCUCGCGCCCUUUGCCCGCCAGCACCCGGAAGCCGUCGCUCUGAUGCGCGAGGCGGGGCUCAAGGUCGGCUUGCUGCCGGGCAUCCAGACGCGCGAGCAUGCUCCACCCGCGGCCCGUGAGCCCGAGACCAGCAGCCUCCCUACACCGCGGGAUAGAGCGGAGCAGCACACCGGCAAGUCCAAUACCUCCGGACCGGUUCGGGAGCCACUAAGGCUCCAACACACCGCAAGGCAGCCUCGCCUCCAGACCGCCACACCCUCUCAACACAUCCAGCAGCAGCAGCAGCAGGAGCAACAGCCCAGCGGCGGUGCUCCCGCCAAGCCAGCCACAUCCAAGAUCCAUCGCUGCGCAGCCAGGCCACAGCAGCAGCCACCCAUCCCGCCGCGUCUCUCCAGCGUCACAGCAUCCAGCCGGGGGGAUGCUCGCCAUGUGCGGCGCAAGACGCAGACUCGUUCUUAA